AUGUCACCUGAGGUGGCGACGUGGUGGAACAGCACGCAAAAUGUCACCAUCACGCCACGGAUUUGUCAUCCGCAAGCCAAAGGUUUGAACGACUCCCACGUAGAGUACUUGCAUUUGGAGGUGAAGGCAGCGCAGCCAUUUCACUACCAAGGGCACAAUGUGCAGGCGAUUGAAACUACAGUCGUCAUUCCCAAAGGCACGAAAGUGAAGGACUGCCAGUUCGAAUUCAAGGAGAUUCUCAUGAAUUUGACCGGGUUGGACUCGGGUCCACUGCAAGCCCUACGCCUCUCUUGCGAAGUCUCUGCGCUGGGGGUGGAGGGAGGUGGAUUUCCAGGUGUGCUGGCAUUAGCCUUCUUUGGCUGGCUGCUCAUGCCGUGCCCACUCUUGCUGGUGCCGACCACGUUGAUGUACUCAGCUGCCCGGCCCAUUGCUCUGGCCGUGGCGCUUUUCAUCGCCAACGUGGCGCGGUGCCUGCGCCGGCGCCGGCGACUGUGGCGGCUCAGCAGCCUUGGCCGCAGGAAGGUGCCAGUGAAUGUCGCCUAUGGCGAGGGUGAGCCAUGUUGCAUCUGCUUCGGAGCUGAGGAAGAGGCAAUUAUCGCGCUGCUUCCCUGCCGGCACUCGCUGCACGGCGGCUGCUAUCGAAGUUGGAUAUGCACAGAUUCGUACCCUUCUCGUGAUUUGAUUUGCCCCAUCUGCCGCCGAAAGGUGACGGGGGUGGGCAAGCUGGUGUAG